UAUUCCAACUUGUACUAAGAGUCAACUAUCAAAAACCUGUCAUAGCUGAACAAACUGUCCGUUCCCAUCUUCCUCUUGCUGUCUUGUGCUACAGUCAUCGAGAUGGCGAAUAGUCUUCAGCAUGCUGUCCAUGAACAUGCCUUGAUCCUACGAGAGUUGAGCGAGAAUUGCAGAACCCAUUGCUAUUUGUGCAAGCAAUGUUUUCAUGGUCCAACCUAUUGUUGUCUAGACUGCGACGUCUUCCUUGACAAAAUGUGUGCCUUCAGAGAGUUGCCUCUGCAGAUUCGGCAUCCUUCUCAUCCGGAGCAUCCGAUCAAUUUUGAUAGCACUGAUUGUAGGUACUACUGUCGCGGAUGCAAAUUUAAUUUGUCUGCCUCUGCCAUAGAUGCAGUUAUGACUCUGCCUCCUGAAGAUAAGCACAAAGUGGUGGAGGACGAUGCUCAGCAUUUCGCUCACGAGCAUCCCCUCUCCGCUUUCUGUUUGACAACACAGAGCUCAUCUAUCUGCAGAGCGUGCAGGCAGCACAUGGCCGGUAGUGUUUACGGUUGUCGCCAAUGCAUGUUCUUGCUUCAUGAAUCGUGUGCUAAAUUACCCAGGAAGAUGCACCACCCAUUUCACCACCAGCACCCUCUCACUCUUGUUGCCGAUUUUGCUGUUGAUUUUGGAGACUGUUACGACUGCAGAGUAUGCAGUCAUAGAUCCCGCUUUAUGUAUCGCUGCGACGAGUGCCGGCUCAACCAUUGCAUAAAGUGCAUAGUUUCGACUCUGCCUCCUGAAGGUCAAGAAAUGGAGGACAGUACACAACUAGAAUUUUUUUUCCACAAGCACAAGCUGAGACCUUUGUGGGUGGAAAUGGAGAACAGCAUCCUCUGCCAAGUUUGUCAGUUGAAGAUAUCUGGCGAGGUUUAUUGUUGCUUCGAUUGCAUUUUCUUCCUCCACAAGGCAUGCUCGGUGGAUCUACCCCAAGAGGUGAAACACUAUCUCCACAAGGAACACCCCCUCAUCCUGCGAGCAGCUGCUCCAUACAAUGAAGGGAUAUUCCAGUGCACAAGCUGUACGUCGGGUUACAACGGCAUGACAUUCAACUGUGAGAGCUGUAAGUUCGACCUCGACCCACAAUGUGCACUUCAAACUCUUUCCGCUGUUACAGGAGGGGCGCUCCCGGAAAUUAGACAUUUUUCCCAUCCCCACCCUCUGACACUCGUUUACUCUAAUGAGGAUCUCAACCUGAUCGAUUGCGAUGCUUGCAAUGAACCCUCCUGUGGUCUAGCCUAUAGCUGCCAAGAAUGCACGUUCAAAUUCAUGCUCCAUAAACCAUGUGCCGAACUGGCACAAGAGUUGGAACACCAAUUCCAUCCGCCACACCCCCUCAUUCUUCUUUCUCGGGCACCAGCUGAAUACUUCUACUGCAAUGCCUGUCACAAAAAAUCAGAAGGUUUCACCUUCUACUGUGCCGAGUGUGAAUUCUACCUGGAUUUAGAAUGUGUUUCCCGUAAGCCGACCUUGAAACAUGAGCGCCACGAGCAUAGCCUAGCCUAUUUUCCGGAGAAUUACAGGCUCGGCAACCUACACUGUAAUUCUUGUGGCAUGGGUUGUAAUCGAGACCUCUACCGCUGUGUUUCGUGCAAUUUUAAUCUUCACCAUGACUGCGUUCCGCUACCACGGAGUAUUGACCAUCAAUGCCACCCAUAUCAUCCAUUGAUCCUCUAUGAUAAUUUCAUCGAUGGAAGGCCGGAAUGCCAGUACUGCGAUAAAUGUGAGGAGAUCAGGAAUCCAGACCAUGGCGUAUAUCGUUGUGCAGAAUGCUGGUACACAACUCACAUCGAAUGUGUGAUCCCGAUUGUGGAACCAGAGGGCCCAAAACCUAGUGAAAAUCCGAUCCUCGAUGAGCUGGAUAAAGAGAUUGCAAGCCUAGAGACGAAGAUAGAGGUACUGGAGAGAAAUCUGAAGGCAGCUAAGGGAAAACUGGAGGAGCUUUCAGAAAAGAGAGUCUUCGAGUACAUAAACAGGCCUUGAUGAUAGCGUGAGCAAGUAAAACCGCACCGGUUCCGAGAUCCUUUUUAUUUUUUUCAAGUUGUGAAUGCGCCCUCAAUUGUCUUGUGUCUGAUUAGAUCUCAUUUUCUUUUUAAUGUUCGUGAUGGCUGUAAAGAAAACGAGAUAGAUCCUUCCUCAUUCACAAGUAAUAAGUAACGCACUUCUCCAGUCGUACUCUUCCGCGUUUGGCCAUAACUGGGGGUAGUGGAGGCUUCUGCAGGUUCUUGUACUUAGCUGGAUUUUUCACAUUAGUCUACUGGAGGUGGCUGCCUUGUGUGCAUACUUCAUCCCAGAACGGGGUUACUGCCAUUCUCCACGGCCUAUGGCGAACUUGUGAUAUGAUAUAUUAGAUGCCUUCUGCUGGUGGUUGACGGCCCUCUGAUGGUCACUGACUGCAAGUCGAUUGUGGCUUAUGUACAUCAUCGAGGGUAGGUGGGUGCUCCCAGGUGGUAACAGCUAUAAUAAAUCCUGUACCAGAUGGACCAUAUAUCUCAGACGUGAUCAAGAGAAAAUGACUCAUCGACUAAAAGUCACUGGUCAAUUUCUGAAAA